UGUAGUGAUAAAUAUUGCUAACUUGCUAACUCAGUAGCCAUUCAAAGAUGGCCGACCUGUAUGUGACGUUCUGCGGAAAUCGGCGCCUGUCGGAUGACACACACUCACAAAAAAAAAAAAAACAACCAGGAAAAAAAGGAAAAGCCCUGAUAGUGGCCCGGAUGAAUCGGAUUCGAAUCCACGUGCUACCGUCCAGCAGAGGUAGGGCGUCGCAGGCCGCGCGCGCUCACGAGCCCCAGACCUGCGCGUUCACGCAGAGAUCGUGCACUCAGCCUCGCUUAGAUGGAUGGGACUACUGCAUCAAGCACAUCCUGGAAGACAAAAAUGCUCCUUACAGGCAGUGCAACUAUGUCUCUAGUAAGAAUAGCAAGCGAUGUCCCAAUGCUGCCCCGAAACCAGAAAAGAAGGAUGGAGUUGCUUUUUGUGCUGAACAUGCACACAGGAAUGCAUUGGCUUUACAGGCGCAGAUGCGUAAGGCUGCCACUGGACCAUCUCCCGAGGUCCUGCUGUCUCAGCUCAGUGGGUUCAACAGGGCGGAGUUAGGAGCUCAUGGCCAAGAUGGCCGCAGCGAAGCAAGCCGCAUUCUAGAUGAAGAUAGCUGGAGUGAAGAUGAGCAGGAUCCAGUGGUGUUGGAUCAGACAUGGAGAGGAGAUCCUGACAGUGAAGCGGACAGUAUAGACAGUGACCACGAAGACCCUCUCAAGCAUGCUGGGGUGUACACUGCAGAAGAGGUCGCUCUGAUUACACGUGAAAAGCUCAUCAGACUCCAGUCACUUUACAUCGACCAGUUCAAGCGUCUGCAGUACUUGCUGAAGGAGAAAAAGAGACGCUACUUGCAUAACCGCAAGAUUGAGCAUGACACAAUAGGCAGCAGUCUUUUAACAGGACCUGAGGGUUUGUCCAUGAAAGAGAGGGAAAAUCUGAGGAGGCUGAAGGCGUUGCGUCGUUACCGGCGGCGCUACGGAGUGGAGGCUCUGCUGCAUAGGCAGCUCAGAGAGCGCAGACAGGCUGUGACCGAGGGAGGAACACUACAGGGUCAUUCAGUACGUCCCAGCCAGCGGUGCAUUUCCUUUGUGGAGGGGACGCGAUGUUCAAACCCCUGUCUGCCAAUGACUCGACACUGUGUGUCUCAUAUUUACCAAGACAGUAGCCAAGUGUUGUUUAAGAUGUGUCCAGGCCUAAAGGAUGUGCCCUGUGACAGGCCGGUACACAUGGGCCAGUCGGAAGAGCCACGAUGUCCACUGCACCUUUCUCUACCUCCCCCCAUGUACCAACCGGAGCAGGAGCCACUGGCACCGGAGCAGCUCUCAUUAGCACCGACAGACAUGUACCUGAGCGCUGCUGAACUUCAACCGACAGAGAGCCUGCCACUCGAGUUCAGCGAUGAUCUGGAUGUGGUAGGUGAUGAGGAGAUGCAGUGUCCUCCAUCACCGCUGCUCUUUGACACUGCAUUAGCGCUGGAAGACCAGACCAUUCGUGCCAUUGCUGAGGCUCCUAUGGACAUCCUGACCUCAGGUCAGGACCCGGAGCUUUCGGAGACAGAUGACUUGUCUGUAGCAGACCAGGCUGUGUCGGAGAUAUCUGAAACAGCAGGAGAUGAGGAUGCUACACACAGUUCAUCAAACCCUGACACAACAGUUGCCAGAUCUUGAGCAACUUGUACGCUGAUCAUCAGUUGUCUAUAGACUUUUACACAACCUUCUGUACCCCAGUGUCUUAUCAAAAGCCAUAUUUAACAAAGCAGAUUUUUUUUUUUUUUUUUGAAGUAAAAUAUUUAUAGAAAACGUCCUGCCGUUUAUUCCAAAAGCUUUUAGCUUGUGGAAUGAGUGCUAAUACAUUACUGGUAACCCACAAGUCUGUCUUUUUCUUUGGAAAUAAAACGAACUCACCCUGGUCUGGAA